AUGUCGCGGACACAGGAAAGUUUAAGUAGACAGAAAGUAUCCAAAUCGCUUCAGUUUGGCACAGGCCAAGCUACCACUUGCACUUCUUCUGCUAAUUCCAGUUAUCAGGAUUUUUCUUCAUGGAAACAGCCUGUGCCUGCUUACCUUCCAGGUUUUUUAUCCCCAAUUCAAAGUCAGCCCAGUCUUCUGUUGAGUGCUUUCCCAAAUCAAAAUAUGGCAAGUCCUCGAAGUGCACAUGCAUUUCUUCCCGGAGUGACUUCAACUCCAAGAUCAUCCGACGUCCAAGAAAAGAGUCAAGUGCAACUAAAAAUUCAGUAUCCCAGUAAAAAUGUAAACAAAUCUCUAACUGGUUCAUAUCAGUCCACUGGAAAAGCCUUAGCACAUGGCGUUCCGUCACAAAUUGCAGGAGCUGUUAUGAACUGCCAUUCAGUGCGAAAGCAUAUUGUGGAAAAGGUGUUGAAGAUCGUCAACAAAGAAGUUGCCGAACUAUGUUCAACGAGAAAGCCAUCAAUUUUAAGGAAAAUUGAAAAGGAAGAUUUGGAGAAGUUUGACCUACAGUUAGUUGGUGAUGAGUGGCGUGAACAAGCUCCCGUUUUUUAUUCAUUCCUUCUCACUUCGGCUAUCAACAAAAGAACAAAAUCUUUCGGCUGGUUUGGAAGCUUGGCUAUCACCGGAUCUAUUCUGUUGAAACGGCGAAACAAGGACAUAAGCGCUGCUGCAUCUGUGAUAGGUAUUCUCCUGAAAAGCAAGUCUGUUGAGGUGUGAUUCGUUUUAUUGAUCUUGAGCUUAUUUUACUUUUGAUACUUUUUAUUUCGUGUCAUACGUAUCUGAAAUUGUUCACGCUACAUUACAGGACAUUUAUUAUUUAAGGUCAAUCUGUAUUUGAUAAAACAAUACACACAUUAAAGUCAUAAAACUGCUUUAUUCUCUGAACGAUAAAAAUAACCGUGGUAUAUUUAAGAAAUUUUUAUUUUAAAAGAUGCUAUUAAUCAUGAAACUAAAAAAAAAUCUUCAUAUAAAAGACAUCUAUUUACAAUGUAUUAUGAAAUUUUUAACAUAGGUCGUUCUUUGUGUCACAGGCAACCCUCGGUAGGCUCAACAGACUGAAGGUGACAAAUUCAAACAGUCAGAUUCUUUACACGUUGGACAAACUUGGGGGUGAUCAUGAUGCCCUCCUUUUGAAAGCAAGGAACAUAAUUUCUCAAGAAAACUCCAAAGCGAUAGAGAUUCAAGAGAAGCACAAAAAUAUUUUGAUGCAACAUGAAUCCCAUCAAACAUGCACAGCAGAGUGCCGCCAAGAGCAAACUAAAGUCAGGAUGGAGGAGUAUGAAUUCAAGAAAGCUGCACACCCUCGAUUUGUUAUUUCGUUUGACAAUCUGGACUUCCAGCUACAGUGA